CUAGACCCGGUGACCGCCGAUCUGCUCAGGCUCUGUAUUGGUCUGUUCCUGACGUUUUGUGAAAAAGGCAUCAUAAGACAUGGGCCUGGCUUCUUUUGGUGAGCAUAAGGUUCAAGGUUCACCCACGGUGUAGGUUCACCCUCUGCAGCGAGCUCCUCACGGCAUGGCAGGCCACAAUCUGCUUUCCUCCUACGUAGCCGGGGCUGGGCGCAGCCCUGCUGGGAGUGGACACGAUCAGGAGUGGCCCGCGUGCGCUGCCUAGCCCUUUUCUGCCGCCAUGUGGCCAUGGCGGGAACUGCACCAAUCAGCUACUCCAGCCGGUCCAGGGCCCAGUUCCAGGUCUGACCCCUGCCCUACGGAUACCUGUCCACCUGGCCCGCACGCACGUCCUGAGCGCUGCCAUCUGAGCGUCCUGAGUGUGCAGCGGGGUGUGCACAUGCCAGCUGGGACGAGCAGGACCCUGGGAUGGGGGGCGGGGCUCUGCCUGAGGCCGACUUUCGCAGCCCCCAGGGACUAGGCUGGCUGCAAAUGCUGUGGCGACCUGCAGGCCAACCCCAUCUCGCUCACUCACUGACGCAGGCUCACUGAGCACCUUCUGCGUGCCGGCCCUGCGGAAGCUCUGAGGACGCCGAAGUCAACACGCCGAGCAUGCUGUUCUUGGGCAGUUUUCAGUGUGCGUAGGGGGUGGAGGGCAUGCCCAGAGUCAGGAGAGGCUUCCGCAUUGCUGGUGCCGGCAAGGAGACAGCUCGGUGUACGCAGCAGGGAGAGGGGGAAAGGUCUGGGAAGCCUGCGUGGAGGAGGCAGCUUCAGGCCGAGGGAGGGUGAAGAGAAGCCUGGAGAGCGGGAAGUGCAGGUUGGGAGGCCAGGGCCAGGGGCUGGUGAGGGGAGGACACCGUGGGGUUGGCCGGUGACUCGGGAAGAUUUGAGCAGGACGCAUUUAGGUUAUGCUUCCCUGGGUCCAGGGGAAUAUGGAGGCCAGACAGAAAGUGAUGGUCUUGCAUGAGUUCUAGUCCAGCCAGCAGGUGCAGGCUUUCCCUGGUGGGGAGGCCUCCUUGACCCUCUCUUCAGGACUAGGGGUCAGAUAGCACAUGCUGAGUGAUCCUGGGCCAACCUGUCCCUCUGUGCAGAAGCUUUCCUCUCUGUCCAGUAGUCUGGCCAUUCUAAGUCGUGGCUUUUGCCCAACUCCUCCCAUACCCAGCCCUGCAGCUCUGGACCUGUAAUGUGGUCCUAGGCUUGGCCUGGAGCUCAGCUCCCUGAGCUCACUCGAGUCAUCAACUGUUACCCUGGGGAUGCAGCUCAUAGCCUAUGGGCCAGUGUUCACUCAGGCCUCACUGCUCCUAAAUCCAUGUGACAGCACCUGUGGGGGGAAGAUUUUUCUUUCUUUUCUUUUUCUUUUUUUUUUUUGAGACAGAGUCUCACUAUGUCACUCUAGGUAGAGUGCCGAGGUGUCACAGCUCACAGCAACCUCAGAGUCUUGGACUUAAGUGAUUCUCUUGCCUCAGCCUCCCCAAUAGCUGGGACUGUAGGUGCCCGCCACAACACCUGGCUAUUUUUUGGUUGCAGUUGUCAUUGUGGUUUAGCAGGCCUGGGCUGGGCUCGAACCUGCUAGCCUUGGUGUAUAUGGCUAGAGCCCUGCUCACUUAGCUACGAGUGCCAAGCCAGGAAUAUUUUUUAUAUGCAAUUAUAUAUAUAUAGAGAGAGAAAGAGAGAGAGCACCAUAUAUAUGCUUUGAAAAAUUAAGGUAUAAUUUACAUGCAGUAGAAUUCACCCUUUUAGGUGUUGUUAACUGACAAAAAAAAUGAAGUUUAUAAUUUGGAAAAGGAGAUCUUUAUUUCUCAUAAAGGUUUUUGACCCAUAGUAGCCAUUUCAACAGGUGAGAAACAGGGCUUCUGGUCACAAGCCAGGAACAGGAUUUUAUAGCUGAAUAUACAUAUUUAACAAGCUAUAGGUGGAAGUCAUGGAUAUUUAUGAAGGAGAAAAAUGCCUCUGUGCAUUGGGCUUUCUGUUCUUGGAUGGGUCCAUGUGAAAAAUGGCCAUUCUUGGCUGGGCAUGGCUCACGCCUGUAAUCCCAGCACUCAGGAAGCCAACGCUAAAAAAAAAAAAAGAAAAACUAGUUGGAGAUUGUGUGGGUUCCUGUAGUCCCAGCAACUAUAGAGGCUGAGGCAAAAGGAUUGAUUGGGCUCAGGAGUUUGAGGUUGCUGUGAGCUGUGACACCACAGCACUCUACCCAGGACAACAGGGUGAAACUGUCUCAAAAAAAGAAAAAAAAGAAGAAAAGAAAAAAAAGGCCAUCUCUGUGUCACAAAGAAGAAACAAGGACUUGCAAACCUUCUUUGCUCAUGUUCCAUGACUAUAAAUACCACUUUAUGUUUGGUGGUGUUUUACCAGGAAAGAAUGCUGGUCUGGCCCUUAGGAAAUAAAGCCUGCUGGCAUUAUUAGUGAGGGAGGGGUUAAAUGAUACGUGUUCGACCUCCCAUCCUAUCAUGGCUGGGAACUCAGUUCUAAGGUUCAUCUGGGGUCCCCUUGACUGAGAGGGGUCUGUUCAUUCAGCAGGGGGGUUAGGAGUUUAGUUUUAGUUAAUGGUGUACUGUCAUGUAAGUUUAGACAGAGGCAAAUCGCCACAACAUAGGACAGCUGCAUCACCCUGGCAACUGAGCCCCCAGCCCCUGGUAACCGCGGAGCAGGUUUCUGUCCCUGGGGUCUUGCCUAUUCUUGAAUGUCACAUAAAAGGAGUUACAGAUUAGGACUUCUCAGACUGGCUCCUUUCAGGCAGCCCUGUGGUCUGAACCUUGGCCGUGCUGCACGGUCAGUGACUUGCUCCUUUCUGCUCCCAAGUGAUGUUCCAGGGCAUGACGGCUGCAGUUUGCUUGUCCACUCCCACCCCACCCCCUGCCCCGCCCCACCCCAGGAAGGGCAUUUGGUUGUUUCCGGUUUUCAGUGAUGAUGAGUGACGCCUCCAGUGCUGUCUUGUUCAGCUUUGGUGUAUACCCUGGGACCGCCACUGCUGAGCUGUAUAGUGAGUGUAUAUCUCACUCUAUGAGAAGCUGCAGUGUGCUGUCCAGAGAGCUGCACCAGCUCACUCAUUCUGCUCCGUCCUGAGAGCUCCAGCUGCUCCUCACCCAUGCUAGCCCUUGGUGUCUGCAGUGUUUGUUUUUACAAUUGCAGACAUUCUCAUAGGCGUAGUAGCUUGUCUGAAACAGUCUCAACUCACACCUCCCUCGUGACUACUGAUGCUGGGAGCUUUGUGUUUAUUUUCCAUACAGAUGUCUUCUUUGGUGAAAUGUUUUUUCAAAUCUUUUAGCUUUUUUUUUUUUGUUAUUGAGUCUUGAGGAUUUUUCAAACCUUUUGAGCUUCAUUUCAUCGGAUGACUCUGGGUGACCUUGGCCUGGCUGAGGGCUGGUACUUCCUGAAGCUGGGUAGGGGCAGCCAGCAGAUGCUCUCCAUUCCUUCCCCUCACUCCCCGCUGGGUGCUCAAAGUCUUUCUCUGACCCAGGUCCUCCUUCCACUUUGGAGGACUGGUGGUGCUGUCCUCCCUGGGAGGUGUGCCCUGAGCCCACGUGCUGCACCCUGUCCGGUAUCCCUGGGUGCUCUGUGUGGUCACCUGGAGAGACCUUCCCAGGCUCCAGCCUCCACUAGCCCAUGGCGCCUCCCGGCGUCACUCCCUCCUGUACACUUAACCUGAUAAGGCAGCUUUCAAUAUCAUAAUCCUCCCUAAGUGCCAGCCCAGCCCCACCUUGUCCCGAUGUGCUUGCUAGAGGCUUGGCCGGUGGCUGUGUUGGGGGCAGUCUUGAAUGAGGGCUGCCCAACCCUCUCUCACACCUGUACCAACACAGGCUCUGCUUCUGGACCAGGUCCAGAGCCUCGGCCACUACUGUGUUGGGGAUGAGAGGUGACUAGAUCCUGGGUGAGGGACCCCCUCGCCAGAGCAGCGACCCAAGUGCCCUGGCCUUGGCUAGGCCAGAGAGUGGACAGAGGUGUUUGGGAUGUGGCAAGCCAUGGCCCUGGAUGGGUGGCUGGCCAUGCCAGGCCCUAUGACUGGCAAUGUGCCUGGCAGGGCUGUGGGACAAAUCCUUAGUCUGUGUGGGUCAGGUGAGAGCCUGGCUGUCUGGAGCCCUCCAGGAAAUGACCUCUGGAGCUGGUGGAAACAGUGCAGUGAUUGUGCCAAACAAUGGACAAGGAGCUGGUGCUCCCAGGUUCUGGGCUGUGCAGUGGAGCCCAGGUGCUGGGCUGGGUUAUAAAGCUGGGCUGGCUGGGGCUGUGGGACUCUGGGCACGAGGGGCUGGAGGGCAGCGUGGAGAUGAAGUCAAUCCUGCUGAGCCUGGUCCCAGCCUUGUUCUGGGUGUCCGCAGCCCAGGCUGAGGUCCUGUUGCAGCCUAACUUUGAUGCCAGAAAGUUCUCAGGCCUCUGGUAUGUGGUCUCCAUGGUGUCCGACUGCAAAGUCUUCCUGGGCAAGAAGGACCACCUGCUGAUGUCCACCAGGACCAUCGAGGCCAUUGCAGGGGGUGACCUUAGUGUCCACAUGGAGUUCCCUGGGGCAGACAGUUGUAACCAGGUGGAUGCCAAGUACCUGAAGGUGGGGUCUGAGGGCCACUUCAGAGUCCCAGCCUUGGGCUACCUAGAUGUGCGCGUGGUGGACACAGACUACAGCUCCUUCGCCUUGGUCUACAUCUACAAGGAGCUAGAGGGGGCCCUCAGCACCAUGGUGCAGCUCUACAGCCGCAGCCCGGAUGCGAGUCCCCAAGCAGUGAAGGCCUUGCAGGACUUCUACCCGACGGUGGGGCUCCCUGACGAUAUGAUGGUCAUGCUGCCCAAGUCAGAUGUGUGUUCCCCCAAGGACAAGGAGGCACCCUGACAGCUCCAGACACUCUGCUCAGCCCUCCCCAGGUGUGCCGGAGCUGGAGCUGCCAGCCUCGCCACCCCAGGAGUCAUAUCUACUGUCCUGCGGUCUACCGUGGCUGCCUCCUGCACCCACCUACUAGUCCUGCCCCCUAGACCCCCUUCCUUCUCCUUCUCAAUAAACAGAUUCUGCAGCCUGA